CAGGGGAAGUCCUUUCUACGACCACUGAACCAACAGCAUACCACUGGGCCUGUUUCAUUGUAUCCUGCAACAUCUUUCACUGAAAGUAGAGGAAACAGCCAGAAUGGCGUAUCACCAUUCUUCAGAGAUGAACGGAGUAGUUAACGAGUACCUGAACAUGUGCAUCGAGCCUAAACAUAACGGUUUGUGCAGAGAAGAGAAGGACUCCAAGGAUGCUGCAGAUGCAGACAAGCUGUCCUGCAUUGAGAACGCUUAUACCACCAUACUGAGUGAGCUGGGAGAGGACGUCGACCGGGAGGGACUUCUACGUACACCACUACGUGCAGCCAAAGCCAUGCAGUUCCUGACUAAAGGCUACAAAGAAACAACCCAAGAUAUCUUAAACGAUGCAAUCUUUGAUGAAAACCACGAAGAGAUGGUGAUUGUCAAGGAUAUCGAGCUGUUUUCUCUCUGUGAACAUCACCUGGUGCCCUUCUUUGGCAAGGCUCACAUAGCAUACCACCCAAACAAGAAAGUGGUUGGUCUCAGUAAGCUUGCUAGAAUUGUUGAGAUCUACAGCAGAAGGCUUCAAGUUCAGGAGCGUCUAACCAAACAGAUUGCUUCAGCCAUCUCUGAGGCGUUGGAGCCUGCUGGAGUAGCAGUGGUGAUUGAGGCUGUCCACAUGUGCAUGGUGAUGAGAGGUGUGCAGAAGAUGAACGCCAGUACUGUUACAAGUGUCAUGCUGGGAAGAUUUCGUGAUGAUCCGAUGACCAGGAAGGAGUUCCUCGCCCUCACAAUGAGGAAGUGAAUAGAUUUUACGUCACACUUAUACCUGUUGAUUUGUGCAUCUCUGCCAGUUUUACUUUCAGUGAAUUAUUACUGUCUUUCAUGGCGCUUCUCGAGCUGAUAUUUCUGUAUAUAUUUAUGAUUUAUCUUGUUUAAAUGUCACAUGUGAGCAAUGUCUUACCAAAAAUACUUUAUAAUGUGAAAUCACAAUGGUAAAUUAACAACUGGUGAUCAUAUUCAAUUAAUGUAAUGGUACAAUUUACAACGCAACACUGAAAAUAAACAUAAAGCUAUUCUUAUUUUCUUCUAUGCUUAUCCUUAUUCUUUGUUUUAAAAAGGACAUUGUCUUUGUUAGUCUAGAUGGUACUGCAUGCCCUUCAUGCUGUUAUGCAAUGACAGCAGUAGUAGAGAAAAAUAUGAUACUGUGCAAUGUACUGUGUGAUACAGUAUUUGUUUUUAGAACGGAUAAUAGUUUCAAUAUAUUUUGAAACAAUUCAUUGUUCAAUCACUUAAUUCAAUUUACCAUCAACUGGCUCUUUACAUACCCCUGUAAAGACAGUUGUGUAGUCAGGGUUGUAUGUAGCUCAUUUAAUGGACCAGUUUUAGUAUAAUAGGAAGUGUGUACUUUAGCCUGUUGUCAGAAUAAUGCCUGUUAAUGCCUUGGAUUUGAAUUGUACUUAAAUUGGUAUAUUUUUAUCUUGCUCUCUGCCUGGGUAUACGCAUGAUUUAUUUUGUUGUUUUUUUAUGCAUAUCUAUUGUAAAGCACUUUGGGCAGCUCAUGUUGGUUUAAAUGUGCUAUAGAAAUAAAUUUGACUUAAUGCAAUGUGAA